UAGUUAUUCACUGCAUUAAUCUCGCGAGACAGCACAAGUCAUAACAAGGACAAGGCUGAGAUUUUAUUGUAAAAACCUUUUAAAUAUGGUUGAUUUCUGGUUUUAUCUGCUAUUCUCAUGUGCAACAUUUAUUUAUACAGAAGCAGCAGUGGAAUGGAUCAGCAGACCGCGAAGCACGUUAUUCGUAAACGCUGGAGAAACAGCAAAAAUAGACUGGAGAUUUCCUUCAGGAGCGAGACUUAUAACUUAUAAGAAGAAGUCAACAAUUUUCGAGGAUGGAAUUACUAUUGCUUUUAAAAAAGGUUCAGUGAAACCUGAAAUUUUAAGCGCCACCAAGAGUAUCAUCAGAAUAGAAGAUUCAGGAGCAUUGAGCAUUUUGAAGGCAGGACUGAAAGAUGAAGGAUAUUACGCCAUUGAUAUCGUCUACAACAUGGGCAUAACUCUCAAGGAUGAAGUACGAAUUAAAAUUCAAGAGGCUCCUGCUAUAACAACAUUCCCCACUCACGCAAAAAGUGAAAUAUUCUACGUGGGAAUUACCAUAAACCUGCUUUGCAUGGCCAAAGGUCGUCCUGUGCCUAAAGUACAGUGGUUUAAAGAUAACAGUGAUUCACCUCUAAAAGAGUCAUCUGGAUCCAUUCUUUAUCAAAUCAAAUCUGCUUCCAACGAGGAUUCAGGGAAAUAUACAUGUCUUGCAACAAACAGGGCUGGAAAAGCAAAACGUACCAUUGAAUACAUAAUCUACCGUCGACCAUACGUUAGAGAGUUCUUUCAUAACACGGCGUUAGAUGGAACAAUUUAUGAAGGAGAAAGUGUUCGCUUGACAUGUUCUGCUAAAGGAAAUCCUCCCAUCACUUAUUACAAACUUCUACACAACGGAAAGGAAAUUGCGAAGAGUUCAAGUGGAAAAUACGUAAUUGAAGAAGUAAAGUUUGAAAACAAUGGCACCUACAGUUGCAUACCAAUAAACAAAGCUGGUCAGGGAGAAAAUAAGACCCUUGUAUUGUAUGUUCUAGCGAGACCUGGUUAUUGGGAGGAGAAACUGAAAAAAACUACAUCUCCGCCAACUGUUAAAAAAACGACGGCAGUGACAAAUGAUAAGACAACACAUGCAGAUACAACGGAGAUACCAAGUAUUGUAACACACGAAACUCCAACUCAGGUUCAACGAGGGACCGGAAUCAUCGUGAAAGAAAAUAUAUUUCUGUCAACUCUGCUCCUUCUACUGGCUGAAAUAAUUAAACUCACUGCGUAGUUGAAACAAAGAACAGUUACGGGAUCAAUACUUCAUGUAUGUAUAUACGGACACAAUGGGCAUAUUCGUUUUAUUGUAAAUCUAUCAUCCCAUGUAUUGUUUUCCCAGCAUCAAUAACAUUGCAUGCAAGAUUGCCUUUGAAUUACUUAUUGUGAUGCAAUCUCAUACAUACACAAAACGUAUAGGAAUGAAAAAAGGGAUGGUUCACAUUUCCAAUUACCAUAAAUAUAUAAACACAUCCAUUAUUGUUUUUGGUCCAUAAUUGAACUGGUCGAAGGCUAUUCAGACGAAUUAGACAAUAUCCCCUAAUCUCUAUAUAUAGUCUCUACGAUACGAUUAUCGUGCAUGCACAGGCAUAUAUCAUGCAUGUAAUUUGCAUGUGUUUAUAUAAUAACUGGGAGAAAACUCUUUGAUAUUUAUUGUUUUAUUAUAUGCAACUAAAGUUCAAUGGGUAAUAUUUUAUAGGUCAUGUGUAUCACACACCAAUAAAAUAAUAAUAA